GUGGCCGCUCUUCCCUCUCCGCCCUGCUCCUUCGUCGCCACACACCCACCGCUAGGAAGGGACCAGCGGGGCUCUGCCCCCCGGCUCCACUCCGGGAAAUCCCCCGGCAGCUCCCGGCAGGGGAUAAAAGCCCGAGAGAAAAAGGGGGAUCGCCCUGCCGACUCCUGCACCCUCUCCGCCCCCAGCACAGCCAUGAACCCGCACCUCCACCUUCUCCUCCUCCUGGUCGCCGCCGCUCUAUGCCAGGGUGCGCCGCUGGCCGGCGAGCUGCGCUGCCGCUGCGUGCGGACCGUGUCCGAGGUGAUCCCGCCGCGGCGCCUGGCCCGCCUGGAGUUCACCGCCGAGGGCCCGCACUGCGCCGUGCCCGAGGUCAUAGCCACGACGAAGCAGGGACAGAUGAUCUGCCUGGACCCCGCCGCACCCUGGGUCAAGCGCCUGGUCACCAGGAUCCUCGGCAGUUCACCCAACAAGCUCUGAGGGAAGGAUCAUCUUGGAAGGAAGUUACCUGUCUGCCACAAGAUACCAGGAAACAGAUGCUAUGAGAACAC